UGGAGGGGCUCCCUUCGCCAGGUGUGCCAACAGUCGCGAAGCACUGUGCGCUUCAAAGAGAAUGUAAAGAUGUAAAUUGAAAAUGUAAAUAAAAACGUAAUAACGCGUGAGUUGAGUUUCACGCGACGCGAUCGAGAGAUUUGCGAUUAUGGUCGAUCUGGACGAAUAUAGAGAGGGUGUACGACAAAUUAAAUUAUACGCGGCCGCCCACGAUGUUUCGGAGGCGCAAACGUCGGAAAUAUUUCAAGCUUGCUUUCGACAAUUAGAGGCCAAGUACGCGAAAAAAUCGAAUAAAUCAUCGAGAUCUCUGCGAAUCAUCUUAUCACUCGCUCUUACUGCCAUUGUAUUGUCAUGUUUGUGCCAAAACUGGCUAAACAUUAUAUUUAUAAGGAUCUCGCAAAACUCCAUUUAUCCUGUUUUAUAUGUAUUGCGCAAGGUGGCUGUACCAUUCAUCAGCUUGUAUCCAUCGUUAUCUGAAUUGUACGAUGAAUGGUGUUUGAUAGAGAAUCCAUAUUUCUACAUUAAUGAUAUGGAUUGCUGGCCUUGCACUGUGGUCCAUUCCGUAUUAGAUUUGACUGGUCAUAAUAUCAGCAGAUCCUUCAACAUUGGUAUACCAUACACUAGAGCAGAGAACAACACAAAAAUCAAGAUGAAAGAUCUAGUCAAUUUAUAUUGGACCAAUCAAGAUAUCUUUGACGAAGAUGCCAAAAGAAUCUUUUCCAACAAUGAAACUUUCAAAACUAUCCGUGAUGUUAUGGAUAACAGAUUGGAUGUAUUUCGCACUGUUUCUCUUACUACUCACAUAUCUUGGAGAGUAAAUCGUAUGAGGCCCAACAGAUUAAUCCGAAAGUUAUUUCCAAAGCCAGCAAAGACUCCAAAUUGGUGGAGUCAAGGCACAGAGAAAUAUAUUUUCAUCGACGAAUCGGGUUCACCACCCUACUCGUUGCCUAAUCCUGAGUGCAGCAAUAUUGUGAUACGAUGCGCAGCUGGUGCAAGACUGAUAAAAUUAAUACCGAGCUCAGAGUGCACUCAACAUUGUAGAUCUUUGACCAUUUUAUUAUCCGCUGGACAUACACUAUGGUACAAUUGGUGGUAUUGGAGACCUGUGAGUCUACCAGUAUACAACGCUACUGAUCUUUCUAUUGGUUAUUUAACUUCGUUUUGUUAAUAUCAUCAAUAGGAAAAAUUGUGGAAUUGUGCCAAAAUGAUGUAGCCAAUAAUGAAGAAGCCAUAUUUAAUAAAAUUUGAUAUAUUGAGUUUAUCUA